AUGGCGACAAACGGAAAAUCGCAACUUGAUCCAAAGAUCACAGCAUAUCUUGAUUUCGCGGCGCAACUGGUCAGACGCAUUGAUUCGGGCAAUGUCAAUGCUGUCACCAUGAAAGAACUUGAAGGCACCUUGAAGACCAAGACACCCCGCUCGCCCGCUGCCAAAGCGGCCGAUUUUGACCGCCUCGGAACACAAGUCUGGAAUGCUGCUAUUCAUCUCAAAGAUCAAUCGUCACCAAUCUUGAAGACUUGGCCACAAUUCGAACCUCGGUUACGUGUCCUCGCCUACUUUCUUCUGGAUACAGCGCAACGAUCUUAUGUCAAGCAUGGCAGCAGAAGGUCCUCCCAGAACUUGGUCCGCAUCCUCAAGACGGCCUUGAAAGCAGCGCGCGUCUGUAUUGACGCAGACGCGUUGGACCUUUGUACUAUGCUGUUCGAGAAGGUGGCCGAACAUGUCGAGCACAAAGAAGAUCCACCUCCAGAGUAUAAGAAAGAGAAGCAAGAAAGUGAGGCGGACGAAAUACUCAAAGAGUUGACAGCCGACUAUUAUCUUCUGAGAGCGACGACAUCAUGGAAACAAGAUAAACCUGAUACUGUAAGCUACUGGCUUGCGAGAGUUCUUCUGCUCCCGAAAAGAGCAGACAUGCUGCACCUGGCCGAGAAGAAGGCAGACUUGACAUAUGAAGUCGGCAAAUCAGCUCUGCAGCAGAAGCAAUUUGGCAGUGCCGCAAGGUGGUUAGAGCAGAGCUAUCAGAUCUUCGACGACAUUGAUCCCGAACUGUUGUCAUCCGACUUCUGCGACCUCCGUCUAGUGGUCAUGCUCGAUUAUGGUAAGUUUUGUGCAAGAUCUGUAAAUCAGUGUACUUACUUCUCGAANGCUCGCGCCCUGGUAGGUGUUGGUGAUGCUGCGUCAUUAGACAAAGCGACCAACCUCGUCGUGACACUUGACCAGGAGCAUGGCUUCAAGACAGAAGUUCAACUCUUGAGGCUCGACGUCGUCUAUGCUAAAAGACCAUUCGAUCCAGCUGAGUUCAGCGGAGCCAUGCUCUCGGAGGGCACUUUCAAAUCGUAUGCUGUUCACAACGUCCCUUUUCUGAUGGCACGCGCUGAUGAUGUUNNUAGUAUCAUGUAUCAGAUCCAAAAGCUGAACACGUACCAACCGGAGCGAGAUGACGCGACUUUUCGAACCGUCAUAGCCAAUUCAACUCCUGGGCCACAUUCGCACUUGGCAUGCCAGACAUUGGACUCCCUGUUGUCAAGGUUGCUUGCACAGCCUCCACUCACGCAGGUAUGGAUCGAGAAGAUUGUGGUCACCAGGGUCUGGAUCAGUUCACUUUCUCUGCAUGUGCAAGAUCACUGUUUCAGACUCAAAGACUUGUUUGAAGAUAUCGCCAACACAAAUGGCACAAAGUUGGGUCUGGAGGCAACACAUGCUUCUCAAUCUGUAUCUCGGGAGAGAUCAACAAAGCCAAAUUAUCACGCNAAGUCGAUGACUGUCGCUCUUUCUAAAGGAGAUUCGACUGCUGCACGAGCAGCUUACUAUCAGAUGUCAGAUCACGGCAAGUCAGCCGCAAUGACCCAAUAUCUUAUGUACAAAAUUGCCUUGCAGGAAAAUGAUGCUCAUUUGGCUGCAGAAUCGCUCGAAGGUGUACUGAAGUCGUCUUCUAGAGACACUGAGAAAUAUCUAUAUGCGUGCGCACUCGAAGCGCAACAAAUGGGCGACCGACAGCAGUUCAUCGCGACCAUGAACAAAGUCUUGGAACUACAUGAGAAAACCCCGUUGAGCGAUGUCCGGUUGCCAGUCCUUCUUCGGUAUGCGAGGUCAAAUUCUAGCGUAUGGCACGAGGCUGACAGCAUACAGNNUUGUAUAGCCGGCUCUAUCGAGACGGAAUUGAACAACAAUGACAUGCCACUCGAAAGUGGUCUGACCGAGCUGUGCAACGUCUUCGAAGCUGGUAUGUUUACUUCGUUUGGCCGAGUGCUGACAUUCAACAGNCUGAUAGAUUUACUCCGCACAGAAGGCGAAAGAGAUGAUGCUCUUCCGGGCCGGCUUCUCUUAUGCCGCUUUCUAGCGACAUCUGCUUUAAUCGUUCUAGCGAGAUCAGAAGAUAACAUCGAGCGAGCUCUGCAACUCUACCUCGACGCAAGACGGCAGAUUGAAGCAUUCCACCAAAGAUAUCAAGAAGCCAUACGACAAGACUCGCUUCAACCAGAUACAAUAUCAGAUGUUGAGGUCAAGGAGUUCGAAAUGAUCAAGUUCGAUAUGGAGGCUCUCAUGCGUCUCGAACAGUGGCAAGACCUAGACAAAGUUCUUUCGGUAAGCUUACCACAUCACUCUUGCUUAGCCCAUACUGAUUUCUGCUCCAGNGUGUGCCUCGAGUCCCGCCACUCGAACAGACUCGAGAGCGCAGCAGACCUGAUUCUCCACAUCCAUACUCACAUUACCUCUUGCCCUUCCUACUCCGCUACCUCAAACCUCCUCGCCAAAAUCCCUUCAUUGAUGGAGAAAAUCAUCAACACAUGCUGGCGCAACGACAAGGACAUUACAUGCCUAGCCCGCUGGAUACGCUGCCUCUUCCAAAUGACGCUGACCAUCGACCCCAUCAUUUCCCUCCGCUGUCUGGACCAAGCGUCUGCUAUUGCAUCCAAAGCGGCUACAAGACAAAUUCCUGAGGCUUAUCCAACGGAAGAGCUUGAGUGGUUGGCUAGUACAGCGUUCAACCAUGCCGUAGAUUUGUGGUUUGCAGGUGUUGAGGAGGAAGUACAUGGGCAAGGAGGGAGAAACGAGCAAGCGAGGGUUUGGGCUGAGAAGGCUUUGAUGCUCGCAGGAAGUGUGGGUGGGGCUGGUGCUGGAGUGCAAGGACUGUACAAGGUUUUGCAGUAUAAGUGGAUGAAGUUGAAGGGUAUGGGUCACGGUCAAAGUUCGGGCUAG